CUUUGCUAAGGCGGCUGAAGAUACCUGAAGGUGAAUGGCAGUGGCAUGGGAGGAGUAUUUCCGACUGGUCUUCCAAGAGAAAGUGCCUGCGAAGCCGGUAGAGCAGAACAUGGUUCACUUUCCACCUCUGCUGCAUCUCCUGGAGAAGAAGCAAGAGCUAGCAGCUGCGGACCAGGGUCUGCAGGUCCAGAAGGAGGAGUUCCACAGCAGGAUGGCCACCCUGAGCCAGCGCUGGGCACAGCUGGAACAGAAAGAGCAGGCGCUGAAGGAGUCCUUCAUCCGCUUUGACAAAUUCCUGCAGGAAGCCGAGGCCCGGCGAGGCCGCGCGCAGCGGAGAGCAGCUGAGGAGGGGCAUGGAGUGCGACACCGGGAGGCAGAGGCACUGCGGCUGCGCGCACAGUUGCAGGAACUGCGGCGGGAGCGCGCCCGGCUGCAGCGCAGGCUGCGGCGCCUGGAGCCCUGCGCGAGCCUGCUGGAGCGCGUGCUGGAGCAGCUGCCGGAGUUUCAGGAGAUUCCGGAACUGGUGGCGCGCUUUGAUGGCCUGGUAGAUACGCAGGCAGCAUUGAAGCUGGCAGAGCGCAAGCGACAGGUGGAGCUGGACGAGACCCAUGCUCAGCUGUAUCGUCUUCGGGAAACGAAGCAGGAUGAGCUGCUGCGCCUGGGCCAGCAGCGUGCACAACUGCGAGAGCAGUUGGAGGCAGCGCGUGAGCGCACACGGCAGUGGGAAUCCAAGUGGACUCAAAUCCAGAACACUGCAGCGGCCAAGACGCUGCUCCUGGGACGCACUCGAAUGGCUGUGCUCAACCUGUACCAGCUUGUGCGCCUGCGCCAGAGUCAGCCUCUAGCCCUGGACAUGGAGGACACCGAGGGGCAGCUAGAGGAGGUGAGACUCUCUGUGUCGCUUCUUACCCAGCUCCCACUGUGGGGACGCCUCAGGGUUAAGGGUCUAGUGACUUCCUGGCCCCACACUCGGCUGCCUGGACUGUAUCUGCCACAACUGCCAGUGGAUCUGUGUGCCCUUUGCAGGACUGGCUAGUCACCGAGGCCAGUUCGUCUGAGCUGCCCUGGCUCUUUGAUGCACACAAGUCCAAGAGGGUCCCGGCGUCAUGUGAACCAGGCUGUCUUUGGCAGGGUCUCAUACUUAAGCCCAAGCUUACCCCAAACUAGGUAGCAGAUAACCUUGAACUCCACACACACACACACCCUGGCCUCCAUCUUCUGAGUGCUGGGAUCACAGGUGUGCUGUGCAUCUGGUCUGGCUGAGUUAGUCUCUUUUCAGCAUGCCUCUGCUCUAUGAGGAAGGCCCGGGGAAGGACGCUGGGCCUUUCCUGCCCACACUCCAGGCCAGGAAUCAGUGAUGAACUGUGUCACCCGGCCUCACUGUCACUGCUAUGCCUAGGGAUGGCUAUUCUGCUUUUUCCCCCUUUGGUGCUGUGUCCUUAAUAUUUAUUUACCCAGGUGAUGGUCAUGAAGAGGGUCCAACAGGCUGCUGGGAGCUUCCCUCAGUUCACAGCAGUGGCCUAUGGGUGUUGGUGAAGUUCAUAUAAAUAAGCAACUAGCACCACAUAAAGGACACCAUGGAGAUGGCUACACAUAAGCCUGAUCCAAGGAAAAUAUCACCUGAUGUGGUGGGACACUGGGUUGGCAGGGAGCCAGCUGGAAACUGGCAAAGUGGUUACAGAUCAUUCAGUGGCUGGGCAUGGUGGCUCAGGCCUUUAAUCCCAGCACUCUGGAGGCAGAGGCAGAUGGAUCUCUGGGAGUUCGAAGCUAGCCUGGUCUACAGAGUGAGCUCCAGGACAGCC